GCGUCGUCCUCGCCGCCCAACUCCGCGCAGCUGCACGCGGACGAGGCCAAGCUCUUCGACAUCAACCAUCAGAUCAAGGCGACGUUGACGGAGCUGCUCAAUGCGCCGAGCGUGCGGCAUGACGAGCGGAUGCGGGCGUGGGUGCAGGAGCGGCUGAUGGACGCGGAACAGGAGUUGAAGCGGCAGAGGCGGCGGAGGAGUAGU